ACUGCCCCUGCCAAGUGCUCCCCAUCAAGCUGCAAAGGCGUACUCUUCUCAGGAGCCCUCAGCUCAGAUCAGGGGCGAACUGACAUCUCAUGGGGCCCCCGGGCAAUAGGGGAUCAUGGGGCCCCUGUGUCCUUGCCCAAACUCAAAAAAGCCUAUGAAAAAGGUACCAGGGGCAUCUCAUGGGGCCCCCUACUGACCCCGGGCCCUCGGGCAGUGCCCGAGUUUCCAAAUGGUCAGUCCGUCCCUGGCUCAGAUGCA